GUGUGUGUGUGUGUGUGUGUGUGUGUGUCAGACGGACAUAGAGAUCAGUAAGGAGGAGGACUUUGCCCGGAUCCUGCAGAUGGAGGAGGAGUACAUCCAGCAGAUCUGUGAGGACAUCAUCCGCCUGAAACCAGACCUGGUCUUCACUGAGAAGGGGAUCUCAGACCUGGCUCAGCACUACCUGAUGAAGGCCAACAUCACGGCGAUCCGCCGCGUCAGGAAGACCGACAACAACCGCAUCGCCAGGGCGUGCGGCGCCCGCAUUGUGAGCCGUACCGAUGAGCUGCGUGAGGAAGACGUGGGUUUGGGGGCGGGGCUGUUCGAGGUGAAGAAGAUCGGAGACGAGUACUUCACCUUCAUCACGGAGUGUAAAGACCCCAAGGCCUGCAGCAUCCUGCUGAGGGGGGCCAGCAAGGAGAUCCUGGCUGAGGUGGAGCGGAACCUGCAGGACGCCAUGCAGGUCUGCCGUAACGUGCUGCUGGACCCCCACCUGCUGCCGGGCGGCGGCGCCGUGGAGAUGGCCGUGUCCAAGCGCCUGACGGAGCGGUCCCGCUCCCUGACCGGCGUGGAGCAGUGGCCGUACCGCGCCGUGGCCCAGGCGCUGGAGGUCAUCCCGCGCACCCUGAUCCAGAACUGUGGAGCGUCCACCAUCCGGGUGCUGACGUCUCUCAGGGCUAAACACACCCAGGAUAACAGUGUGUGUUGGGGGGUGGACGGGGAGACCGGCUGUCUCUCGGACAUGUCCUCUCUGGGGAUCUGGGAGCCGCUGGCCGUUAAAGCUCAGACCUACAAGACGGCCGUGGAGACCGCCAUCCUGCUGCUGCGUAUCGACGACAUCGUCUCCGGCCACAAGAAGAACAAAGACGAGCCGAUGGGAGGACAGGGAGCCGAGUAGACCUGGAAUCUGGGAACUCCC